AUGGUGCAGAAGCUGGAGCAGGAUUUCAAGCUGACCCUGCAGCAGCAGAGCUCCCUGGACCAGUGGGCCAGCUGGCUGGACAACGUGGUCACCCAGGUGCUGAAACACCACGAGGGCAGCCCCAGCUUCCCCAAGGCAGCCAGGCAGUUCCUGCUCAAGUGGUCCUUCUACAGCUCCAUGGUGAUCCGUGACCUCACCCUGCGCAGCGCCGCCAGCUUCGGCUCCUUCCACCUGAUCCGCCUGCUCUACGACGAGUACAUGUUCUACCUGGUGGAGCACCGUGUGGCCCAGGCAACAGGGGAGACUCCUAUUGCUGUCAUGGGAGAGUUUGGUGACCUCACAUCCCUGUCCCCGACGCUGCUGGACAAAGAGGACGGGGGCGAGCUGGGCGCCGAGGCGGACCCGGAGCGGGCGCUGGGGGAGCCGCUGGGAACCUGUUCCACCUAUUUUGGCUCACUCUGGCUCUCCUGGGAGGCUCACAGUGCACGGGCUGGCGUGUUCCCUGCCCCCAGGACAGGGCUGGUGGCACUCCCUGUGUGUCUGUGUUGUCCCCUCUGCCCAUACCCCCCUCACCCCGUGUCCCUGCUCUGUGCCAGGCUCUCCUGCGAGCUGAGCGAUGCCCUGGGGGCGGCUCUGCUGGAUUGCAGCCGCUCAGCCCCCGACCCGCAGCUGGUGCGCAGGAUCGUGGCGCAGGUGGAGUUCUACCUGUCCGACGAGAACCUGGCCAGGGACGCCUUCCUGCUCAAACACGUGCAGAAGAACAAGAUGGGCUUUGUGAGCAUCAAACUGCUGACCUCCUUCAAGAAGGUGAAAUACCUGACCCGGGACUGGCGCCUCACCCUCUACGCCCUCAAAUUCUCGGCGCUGCUGGAGGUGAACAAAGAAGGCACCAAAGUCAGGCGKCGCCUCCCCGUGCCCGAGUACCUGCUGAGCGUCCCCCCGAGCAAACUGCUGCUGGCCUGGGAGCUGCAGCCCCGCCAGCACGACCUGCCGCCGCACAGGAGCUUCCUGGAGACCAUCACCAGGAUGUUCAGCCCCUUCGGAGCCGUGGCUUCCAUCCGCAUCCUGCGGCCGGGCCGGAGRUUGCCCUCGGACGUGCGCAAAUACUCGGCGCGAUUCCCCGAGCUGCUGAACCGCUGCUGUGCCCUGGUGGAGUACGAGAACCUGGAGAGYUCCCGCAGAGCCUUCGAGAGCCUCGGCCACCACGACUGGAACGGCAUCAGGGUGGUCCAGCUGGGYGGCAAGUGGGGGAAGAAGAAAGGCGAGUGGGAUGCGGAGGCGGAGCGGGUUUGGAAUGUGCCGGCGGCGGGGCUCAGCUUCCCCCGCAGCCUCGAGGGYUCGCUGCCCAGCAGCUCCCCAGACUCGGAUGACGCCUCAGGGUCACCGUCCCUCCUCCUGAGCAGCGAUCUGGUGGCACCCACCUGGCCCGGCAGCGAUUUCAAGGCUGGAAAUGGCAGCGCUUUCAUCGGAUCGCGCCUCGGCAGCAAAAGCUUCCCCGAGCUCGGGGUGGGCUUGGGCGGCUUCUCCGGCACCGAGAGGCGCCAGGAGGGGAUCUGGACACCCUGGGGGCUCUCUCCUGCUUCCAAAGCUCCCUCCGCGUGUCCCCUGGCAGAGCAGUGGGUGUCCGAGCCCCUCAGCCUGUGGGAUGGGAUCCUGACCCUGCCCCGCAGCCCCGAGAGCACCAAAAGCUUCGGGAGAGGAGAGCUCGUCCUCCGGCGCUGAGAUCCUUCCGAUUUGGCUUUAGCGUUUAUUAUUUUCUUUUUUUUUUCUUUAUUUUUUUUCCUUUCUUCUCUCGAGCAGAAGAACCUUCUAUGGCCCUGAGAGCUGUGGGCAGUGGCAGUGCAGCUGAUCCAGGGGACAGAAGUUUU